GGAAAUAGGAAACAAAACAUUGAAUUGCUUUGAGGAUAUAAAAUCAUGAUUUGACGAAUGUCUUGAAUUAAACAAACAGUGACUUUCAGUCGUAAAAUUAGACUUUGAAUAGUAUUUUGGAUUGCAAUUAUUUGUCGUACUUUAUAAUGUGACGCACGCGUGUCUACUGCGUGAUUAUUGUUUAUUUGUUAAAUAAUUCUAUUUAUAACCUAAUAGGUGCAAUUAACACAAUGACAUCUAUAAAAACAUUACCUUUAUUAGAGGACACAAAAUUAAUCGUCCUUGAUGAAGGAGUGAAUGCGAUGUAUGCUAGAAAAUUGGUCACAGGAUGGAUACAAGUAUUGAAAGAAAAAGAUUCUAAUUGUAUUUUCAAUCUGUUGUUAUUCUCCAAUCCAAAAUCUUCAUACCAAUGUGAAUAUUUUGCAUCAAAUAAUGUAAAUAUCUUUGAUUAUUAUACAGUUAAUAUUAAUAAUGGAUUUGAUAUAAGUGCUAUAAGUGAAAAGGAUUUUUAUAAUCUAAAACAUAUCUUAAAAACUAUAGACACAAAAUCUACAGUAGUCAUUGAUUGCUUGACAUCAUUAAUCUUAUUUGUCGGCCUAUCAAGGGCUAUGUGGUUUUUACAGAAGUUAAGCAAAGAUGUGUCACAAGUGAUUUGUAUUUAUAGACGAGAUUUUGUACAAGAUAAAGUAUCUUACAUUGAAACAUUAGGAAGUACAUAUGUAAAGAUACAAAAAUGUUCUGGUAUGAUAGCAAAUAACAAUACUAAUUACAUAGUAGAGUUUAUGCAUCGCAAAGGGGGUGGGGGAAUUUUAAAACAACAGGAAAUAGUAAGCCAAAAUAGUACAUCUUAUGAAAUUGAGUCAAAGAAGCUUGAACAAAAUAAAAAGUCACAUCCAGUAUAUGAAAACCCUAAGUUAAAAAUUGAGUCUUCAUUCAGAAUAGAAGUAAAUGAAAAUGAAAUGAAACAGAGAAAAGAAGUAGUGUUACCAUACACGGCUAAUACAAAUACAACAAAUACAUCUAGAAUUCACUAUCAUCCAGAGGAUAUAGAUGAUUUUGAUGAGGAAGAUCCAGAUGAUGAUUUAUGUUUCUAACUCGUGUGUAAAAUAUUACAUUAGAAAAUAAUGCAUUUUGAUUAGACAAUGAAAUAUAUAUAUGAGAUUCGUAACUAGAUAACAAAGAAAGCAUAACCAGAUACAAAUAAAGUUCUGUACAAUAAAUUCCAGACAAUAAUUUUAUAAUUUGAUAAAAUAAAAGAGUUUUACAUAU